AUGAGUAGAGCUCAUUUAUUAGUGAAAAAUUGGAACCAUCGUUAUGGAGGUGUUCUUCAAAUGCAACAAAACAUUAAUAGAAGUAUCACUACUUAUAAUAACUAUGGUAGAUUUCAAAAAAACCAUGCUCAACAAUUAAUUAAAAUAAACAAUAUGCGUAGAGAUCUUAUUGCUGCUAAAAAAGAAGUAAAAAAAAUAAAGAAAGAAUAUCUUAAAGAAAAAAAGAAAUUAGAAAAAGAGAAAAAACUUCAUAAUCUUAAAAAAAAUCACAAGAUUGAAAUUGAAGAACUAAAAGAAAAAAUUAAGGAUAAAGAUGAUGAGAUUAAUGAUCUGAAAAGAGAACGUGAUAGGUAUAAUAAAAUGUACGAAUCACAAAAAAAAAUUGCUAAAAAAUUAGAAAAUGAUAAAACAGAACUAAACAAACUCAUUGAAGAUUUUAAAGAUUUACCUCCAUCAUUAUUACGUGAGAUAGUUAAGGAGAUGGAAAAAGAUAAACAUGAAACAGUUGAUAUCAAAGAACAAAUACAAAGAUUACAGCAAUUGUCUAGAUAA